AAUGAAACUUCGUGGAAGGUUCAUUGUAGUUUGGAAGGUAACGGCACUCCCCAGCUUCCAUAUACGUUAUAAAUACACCACUUUGUCACACGAACAAAACAAACAAACACUACAUGCAUGAAUAUCGAAUAGCUAUCUAGGAAGUGCGACAGUUACGGAAUACACAACAGUGUCACUUUGUAGUUUCUCCACAACCCAUCAUCAUAUCACGUCAAAAAAUUGCAUUGCCUUGUGUCCUCUCCUUUUCUUCGAUUGCUACAAACAAAUUAAACUAAGAAAGCAAAAUGGGUUCUCACCAGCAAGAGCCAUGGCAACUAGAGAAUGGGAACUUGAAGGGGUUGAGCAAGGAGAUGAGGCAUGGCCGCACCGCACACAACAAGUCUUCUUCUUCCUUGCGCAAGAAAUCUGAUCUCACUCUUGUAUCGAAGAUUCGAUGUGGAUUACUUAGAAACUUCCUUACUAACUGCCAAGAGGUUAUUCUUGGCACCAAGCUUUCUAUUCUCUUCCCUGCCAUUCCGGUUGCUAUCAUUGCCCAGUGCUAUGGCCUUGGAAGACCGUGGGUUUUUGUACUGAGCUUACUUGGGCUUACUCCACUUGCUGAACGUGUUAGCUUCCUCACAGAACAAGUUGCCUACUACACUGGUCCUACAGUUGGAGGACUUCUAAAUGCGACAUGUGGGAAUGUUACUGAGCUCAUAAUAGCAAUAUUUGCCCUUAGCAGUAACAAAAUUGCUGUGGUCAAGUAUUCUCUCUUGGGUUCUGUACUCUCAAACCUUCUUCUGGUUCUUGGGACCUCUCUAUUAUGUGGUGGCAUUGCAAACAUUAAACUGGAACAAAAAUAUGACAGAAGACAGGCAGAUGUAAACUCACUUAUGCUUCUUCUGGCAUUGUUGUGCCACAUGCUUCCGAUGCUGUUCAAAUAUAGUGCUGCCUCUGCUGCUUUCACUGCAGACCCUUCACUCCACUUGUCAAGAGCUUCUAGCAUUGUGAUGUUGAUUGCAUACUUUGCUUACCUUAUCUUUCAACUGUGGACACACAGGCAACUAUUUGAAGCUGAUGAUGAAGAUGAAGAUGGCAACAAUGGUCCAGAAGAGCAAGCUGUGAUUGGAUUCUGGAGUGGCUUUGCUUGGCUGGCUGGGAUGACUGUGUUCAUUGCUUUGUUGUCUGAAUAUGUGGUGGAUACAAUUGAGGAUGCAUCAGAUUCAUGGGGUCUGUCUGUUAGCUUCCUCAGUAUAAUCUUGCUACCAAUAGUUGGCAAUGCAGCUGAACAUGCAGGAGCAAUCAUAUUUGCUUUCAAGAACAAGUUGGACAUCUCAUUGGGUGUUGCAUUGGGUUCAGCAACUCAGAUUGCCAUGUUUGUGGUCCCCUUGUGUGUGAUUGUUGCAUGGAUAAUGGGUGUCAAAAUGGACCUGAACUUCAACCUCCUUGAGACAGGUUCUCUUGCUUUGGCAAUAAUAGCCACAACCUUCACUUUACAGGAUGGUACUUCUCACUACAUGAAAGGCCUUGUUCUCUUGCUAUGCUACAUUGUAAUUGGGGCUUGCUUCUUCGUGCAAAUAAUACCCUUGAACCAUGCUGAUGUCACUAACAUCACGCUUAAGUCAGCCAAUAAUGCAGCUAUAAGUGCUUAAUAGGCUUUGGCCUAUUUUUGUGAUCCUUUCAUUAGAUGAAGAAUGGUGGGCAUCCAGACUCAAACUCAGAUUCAAUGGAUUGGUUAUUAUUUCAUUCAAAUCAUUCUAUUAUGUCCAAAAUGAAGGAAGAAAAAAGCUUGCAGUAGCUUUGCAAGUAUUUUAAUGGCAAGCUGUAACCUUUGCAACUGAUUUUGUGUUCCAAGAUGUCCAAUCAUACAACGUGUGUUCUAUCGGAAAGUUGCUUUUGAUCGUGUACUUCGGUAGAUGUCAAAUAAAUGAAAUUGUUCUUGUUUGGGUUUGCUUUAGCAAGAAUCCCUUUUCGGUUUGAAGAAUCUCUUGCCCUCUUGUAUAACUGUUUGCUCAACCUCUUGCAUGUGAUUCAUGUGAAGAGUUUUAAGGGUAAUAAAAUUCUAUAAUGUUUUUUCUUUAUAUCUUUGACUGUAUACUUCUUCCAGUUUCAAAUAUAAGUAAAAAAUAACUAAAUUAUAUUAAUUAAAAUAAUUAAUUAAUUUCAUUUAAUAUUCUUAUGUUUAUAAAAAAAUUGACCUACAUUAUUUAAUAUAUCUUUCAAGAUUAUUUAAGGAUGAUUUAUAAUUUUUAUAAACAUUAAUUAUUAUUAGUUUAUAGUUAAGUUUUUAUGCUAAAUAUUAAAAGCAAGACGUGAAAAUCAAAAAGUCAUUUAACAGAAAAUAAUUAAAUUUUGAUAACUAAUUUUAAUAAAAGUUAUUUUCUAUUUUGAAAUUUAUAUGGAAUUAUUCACUUGUAUCUUAAAUAUGAAAAAAAUUCAUUAAAAUAAAAAAAUUAAAUAAGGGUAUUUUAGUUAUAUUUAGGAUGAGAGGGAUUAUUUCCAUUGUUAUUGAGCGCAAAUUAUAUAAUCGAUUGGGUCAUAAAUCACAUAUCCCAUGUCACAUUCCAACUAAGGUUUUAUUGACAAAGAUAUGGGUGACAACGAAAUAUAUAUUGAAAAAGAUAUAUUUAAU